AGUGACGUUCAUCACACUGUGCUUUAACAAAAAGUGAAGUGAAAACGAAGAUUGAAUAAUGCCGAAGGUUGUUUCUCGCAGUGUUGUUUGCACUGAUACAAAAGACCAAGAAGAAUAUCAAGGCGAAAAACCUCUUUAUGUGUACUACUGUCUAUGUGGGCAGAUUUCCCUUAUUUUAGAUUGUCCUAUGGACAAGCUCCCCAUGAGAAGGAGGGAUAAUGCCCGAGUGAUUGAUAGCCAGAAACAUGCACAUAAGUUGACCUGUGACCCUGACAAUAUCAUAUACCUCAAAAGAGUAGAAGGCAUUGAGAAGCAGUACCGGCAGAAAUGUAAAAGGUGUGGCCUUUGGUUAUACUACCAUCACCAAGGAAACAGCAAGGUGAUGUUUAUUGUUGACGGAGCACUGAAGAGGGACGCUAAGAAAACAGACGUCUAUAGUCAGAUCUCUGAACCAAAGAAGGUGACGCUAACCAAACACACUAAGAAUAUGGGCAAAUUUAGUUCUGUGACAGUGUCUACUGUUGACGAAGAAGAGGAGGAGAUUGAAGCGAAAGAAAUAGCUGAUUCCUAUGCUGCUAAUGCCAGAGUAAUAGAGAAACAGUUGAUCAGGAAAGGCAUGACCAAACGCAAGAUGAUGGAAGAGGCUGAGGAGGCCAAAAAGAGACCCAAAGGAACACUGAUUGACAAGUGAAUAAGGUGGUACACUGUAGAUGACAUUCAUUCUCCAGGACCACAAAGGGACCAUUUUCAGAAUAUUCUGGUGAUGUGAGCUUCCUCUAGAACUUUAAGGUCCUAGGAACAGUAAUAGUGUGACGAAGAACCAGAUAAACACCUGUUAAGCAUAUGUUAAAUGGUAGUCAGACUAUUAUAUGCAGCAGCCCAGCUGUUACAAGUGUAUAGGUGUAUGGUGCUGAUCAUCUCUGUUAAACACUGGCCAGGGUUUAUGUAGUAAAACAAGGGAAGACUACAUCAUUCCACUAAGGACCAUUAAACAGCAUAUGGCCAACUGUACUCAUGCCUAAGGUGGUCUCUUUACACAGUUAAUGUUAACAAAGAGAUCACUUCAUUCCUGUAUAUACCAUACAUUUCCCUGUAUUAAGGGACAGAAUCAGCUUCUCAUCACUGAGAAUUUUGUAUGUACUCUGUAACGUAUGAGAAGUAUAAGAAUGUGUGAAGUGGUAGAUUUUAAACAUUUGUAAGUGGAGACAACUGGUUUGUCAAACGGUUGUUACUUUUUGUAUUGAUGUGAGAGCCAUACCUUGUGAUGUCUAAAAUAAAAAUACUGACAAACUUU